UGCAGUGUUUUAUACUGAAAGGUAAAGAUGCGAAUUCACACUGCGACUUGUACAUCAGUGAGCGGAUACAUGAGCAGGCAGGCUGCCCUCACAGCCUGUCUGAGCUGCUUCAUGUGAUAAGACCGUUUCCACUCCACCAGGUAAUGACUGUGUCUGCAGGCCUCAUCUCAGCAUGGUAACAUCUGUUCACACUCCAGUAUCUUCAGUGGGCAGACAGUGAGGACCAGUCGCCACAAUGCGAUGUGUGUAAGGGACCAGUGUCAGAGUAGUGGCCCCCGGCGGGAUGCUGCUGACAGCCGGUCAGUAUGACUUUGCUGGACUUGUGGCUGUCGCGCUCCAUCCCCAUGUGCCUGCUCCUUCAGAGCCUUGUCCUCAUGGCCCUGUGCUUCCCCUCGGCCAGCAUGUGUCCAAAGGGCUGCAUCUGCCACCGCGACCCUCACCUCCACGGUCUCAACGUUACAUGCAGUCAGUCCCGCCUCAAAGAGAUCCCCCCCAGCCUCCCGGUCGACACUGUCCUGCUGAGGCUAGACCACAACCAGAUCGGCGCUGUGCCCGAUCAAGCCUUCCACGGACUCAGACUUCUGAGGGAGCUCAACCUUUCAUACAACGCGGUGGAAACUUUAGGGGAAGGUGCGUUCAGUGGCAUAGAGGCGACGUUACAGGUGCUGGACCUCUCCCACAACCGCAUCACUAGCGUACACAAGGAUGCCUUUGCUCGGCUCAAGGCCCGCGUCAUUGUGGACGAUAACCCCUGGCAUUGUGACUGCGCCCUCCAGCAGGCCAUCGGUGGAAUGGCCCACAACCACGAGGCCGCCGCCCGGGUCCUCUGCAGGAGCUCGGAGCUUCGUGAUCAGGAGGGCCGACCUUUCUUGGCGGUGGACACUGACCUCUGUAACCUGGCCAAAAGGACCACAGACUACGCUAUGCUGGUGACCAUGUUCGGUUGGUUCGCCAUGGUCAUUUCAUAUGUGGUGUAUUAUGUCCGUCAGAACCAGGAGGACGCCCGACGCCACCUGGAGUAUCUCAAGUCUCUCCCCAGUAAGCCCAAGAAACCUGACGAGGCCGAUGACAUCAGCACUGUUGUCUGACAGCAGUGUCAAAGCGACUGUGUCCCACACAAAUCUAAUGAACACCAAAAUGUUUAUUGUAACAGGACCCCCAUUUAUAGUGUUUACUAUUUGAAACUUUUAGGUGAUGUGAGCAUCAGAUCUGCUGAGAAAUCUUUGUAUUUUGGGAAUUCUGUUGUAUGUCCGUACCAGGGUUUGUUCAUGACUGAUCCGAGAUGAGAUGACACGUGAAGGGAGGCCACAGAGUCUAAUAGUCUAACACCAACAUUAUCUUUUCUACAAAAACAAAAAAAAAUGCAUACGGAGCUUUGAAAAUUUGAAACUCAGGUUAAAAUAUUGAUAUGAUAAUGGCUUUUUGUAGAUGAAAAUUUGGAAUAUCUGAUAAAAAGAAAUAUAUUUGUAAGACCUGACACCCUAAACUUCAUUUGCCAGAGCCUUCAUUUUGGUAUCUAAAAGCCCACCUUAAAAUACUCAUUGAGUUUUGCAAACACCUGCUAAACCAACUGCAUCUUUUAUACUCCUUAAAAUUAAAUACAAAUUAAAAUAGUUCUGCACAGAAAUGUUAGCAUUUCUGAAGCCAAGGCCGGCUCAUUGAAAUUAUUUGAUCUGCAUGUUGUGUAAUAUUUUAGACCAUUAAAACCUUGGACAUGGGGUAUGCAGAUGUGAGGUAGUCUCAUUUCCCUGAUUGCCUUGAGCUGUGGUAGCCUGUUUUGUAUAGACAAAUCAAAAUGAAGGCAAAUAUAAUAGAGGUAGUAGGCAGCCACUGAAACACUGAGUGAACCAUGUCGCAGCUACAGAGAAUACUGGAUUGUAUGGAAGCCCAUUUCUACCAAGAAAAGACAUGAAUGAAAGGUCUGGAAUGAUUAGCAUUAAAAAUACUCACUCAAAAUUAUGAAAUAUGAACUUAAAAUUUGGACUUGGGUGAAAAUGUUGAGUUACUAAGUCAGACGAGUUAUAAGAUCACAACUCAGAAGUAUCAUCUAUUAAAUCAUUUUGAAAACUUUUACUUUUGAAGUCAAAAUUAAGAGAUAGUAGGUUAAAGUUUGACCGAGCUUUUUAGCAUUUCCUGCUACGUCACUAUUAUAAGUCAAGUUAAAAGUUUAGAAGCAGGGUUCUGAUUUGUCUUGUUACUGAGGCAGAUAUUGAGGUUGAAACAACACAUUAUGUUCUCAAGUAUCAACAAAAUGGCCAGGCGCUGGUUUCACUAAACACCUUCAGUUAAGAUUUUCCUUAAAGUCUGAGUUAUGGUUAAUUUAAGCUAAAUUCAGUUGCACAAAACACCCUGAAGUCUUAAAGAUUUCCUUAAAAUGUUCACUUAAGUAUUAAAGGUUUUCUCCUUAUCUCCAAUCUGAUGCUCUUCACUAAAAUGAGAGCGCUGUUGUUCGAAGAUACAGAGCGUCCUAUUUCUACGUGAAUUAACGAACAGUUAAGUUAAUCACACGGUCACUCUGCUCGGCGCUCUGCUGCUCAAUGUGUCCAGAGUGUGCUAUGCCACUCCGAGAGUGCGGUGCUCUGGAUAACUGAACGUUAAUUCCAACCGUGCUCCAAAUUUACAAAUGGUCCAGUUUGUACCAGAGUGCACUCCGGCGCUCGAAAUGACUCGAAUGUACCCAUAGUUAAACCACUGCGUGAAAGACGAUGUAAAACCUCUUUCAAUGCAGUAAAUAAAAUUAAUGAUAAUGAUCUUUAUUUAUAAAGUGCUUUUAAAA